AUGGCGGAAGAGGCCAAGGCACAGAAGGGAGCGGACCCAAACGCUGAAUGUCGAGACAGCUGCAUUGCAGCAAGUGAAUCCAAGGAAAGCAGAGAGCCUGACCUGGUCGACGAUAUCUCAAAUGCCACCACUACCACAGCUCAUGGAGAAUAUCCGAAAGAUGUAGCAAUGGCACCGCCACCGGAUAAAGGCAAGGGGACCAUUAAUCCCAGCAGUAAAAGCGACAUGAAGCUUCCAUCAAGAAUGGGGCCUACCGAUGGCAGUGGAUUCUUCCAUCAAGACAUUCAGGAGCUGCCAGAAACCCCAAUACGCCAACGUUCGGCAGCCUCGUCGAUACCGGGAGCGCAUGCCGUUGUCACCCACCGACCCUUCUAUACUACCAGUCCAUCAUCCGACAUCAUUAUGACUACUACUUCCAAUCAAGCGGCAUUGAGCCAAAGUGCUGCCCCAGAAUCCCAGCCAAUUGAAGUGCUCGAGGCUCAUGUUGUCUCGGAUCAUGAUGACAAUGACGACAAUUUCUAUCGGAAUAAUGACGCGGAAAGCAACAAUAUCCAACCAAACGACUUGAAUGAUGGGUUGGAACAAACAGACGAAGUUCUGGAAGGAACUAUUCUUACAAAAAAUCCUGCGCCAAAAGAAGAAGAGGAAACGGAAGAAAAGAAAGUUGUUUUGUGGUUUUUGGCAACAUGCGCCAUUGGAGCAUUGGUUCUAAUGCUGGUAUUCCUGCUAGGGCCUACUACUGAAUCAGCUGAUGACAACCUCAGCGAGAGUAUGAUGACCAGCAGUAGCACUGUUGUUGCAGCUCCACUGCACUAUCCACCAUUCAUCGACGGCCUUCCACAAAUGGUGACCACUGCCAUGGAGGAGGAUUUGACUAGCUCUUUUCGUAGAGCCAACAAUUGGAUGUGGAACGACCCACACCUGGAUACUUACACCCCCCAACGACAACUGCAGAGGUUCUUUCUGGCAGUCAUGUACUAUGCUACCAAUGGUGAUUCUUGGAUUAGAAACGAUGACUGGUUGAGCUAUGACAUUUCGGAAUGUGAGUGGUAUUCCCAAAGCACCUACGAGGAAGGCAUCAGCAAGUACUACGAGCCCCAUGUUUGUGACGACAACAAAAACCAACAAGGUGAUGAACCAAACAACAAUAGAGUCGUUAUCAACCUGAGCUUGGCUUCCAACAACCUGACUGGAUCCUUCCCAAUUUGGCAUGCUGCCUUUAUUCCUGGGCUCCGCAUAUUGGAUCUGGGGCACAACCACAUUCAAGGAUUGCUCCCCAUUAUUGCCGCCACUCCCGAUCUGGAAAUAUUUGUGAUUUCCAACAAUGACUUUGAAGGAGCCGCACGAAUGUCUCACAUAGGUGGCGUUUUUGAGAGCCUCAAAGUCUUGCGGCUGGAUGGCACAAAGAUACGAGGCCAUAAUGGAGGUGCCAUGAUCUAUAUUCUUCCAAGAGAUUUGGAAGUGUACAAUUUCACGGGGAUACCAUUUGAUGGCAUAAUAUGGCCACAAUACGGGAUGCUCCAACAGAUGGAGUACUUGGGCCUGGGUCACUCGGAUGCGGUUGGAACCAUUGCUACAGAAUUGGGGCUUGUAACCGCAUUGGUAGGACUCGACAUGAGCAGUUUGCCCCAUGUCUACGGCACCAUUCCCUCAGAGUUUGGGCAACUGACCAAUCUGCAGCUUUUGGAUCUUUCCGAUACUCCCAUUACAGGAACCAUACCGGAACAUCUUUGUACGAGGGUGAAGGAAGGGUUGCUCAGCAUCCCUGCCAACUGUAGCUUGCUGCACUGCUGUGACGAAUGA